GACUUACUUCAAACUUCCAGUUCUGUCUUCAUAUACUUAAUCUAUUGCUCGAAAUAUAUAUUUAUUAAUCUCAGUACUAUUUCAGUCUCAAUUAUCAGACAACAUAUCCAAAAUUCCAUUUCAGAAACCAAGCCAAGUCCAAUAACCCCUGUCGUCACAUAAGCAUCCAAACCCUCAUCAUCCACGUGCAUCACAUCACAAUGUCAGACUUUCUACCAACCGUACCUAGCUAUCAACAUCCCGCCACCUCAGCUACAGAGUACAAGAUUACCACGCCUGCCACCACUGAUCCCUCUCUUUCCCACGUAUCCACAUCCGAGAAUCCGAUUCUGCACCCCCGAAAAUUCGAUCUGGAAAGUGACACCGAAUUGUACAUGCAUGAAAACCGCGUGAUUCCUCGUCUCUUUUUCUACGAGCCCGAGGGCGAGUUGCAAAUCUCGAGGUUGAAGAUGUUGAAAGAGGGUUAUUUUGUGGGGCAUCCGAGGACGUUGGUUUUUAGUGUUGCUGGAGCCGUGGCUCCCGUGAAAGGUGAUGCUCUUCAGACCUUGGAUCUCGGAUUUGGGUUUCCUUCUGCUGCUGCUUCUGCUUCGGCGUCGAGAGAUGCGGAGGAAAAAUACAGAGCUGCGUAUUCGGUGCAUUUUGGACCGAAGUCUAGGUAUAAUACCACGGGUAAAGUGAAGGAGGUGGGGAGCAAAGUAGAGAUGCAGAAGAUUGCCGAAUUGGCGGCUGCGUGUGAGGCAUUGGAGUUCGUGGAGUCGCAGUGUAAGAUGAGGGUUACGGGUUUUGAGGAUGUUAGUGGGGAGAUUGUAGCCGGAGGAUUUGUGGUGGGAGUUACAAGUAGUACGAAUUUGUGGUACGGGAUCACAGAACAUAUUUACAAAUGGAAGCGCAACGAUUUCCACAACUCAAAGGGCAGCAAAGUGAUUGGCGAAGAUUUAUGGAGAAGAAUCGAUGAAUGUAUGAAUCGAUUCGAGUUCAAUCAGACGAGAGUCGCUUGGUUGUUAUGUGAAAAGGAGGAUAAUGAGGCCUAUGAGGCUGCUCAGAAGAAAGUCGCUGAAAUUUAGUUGUGAUUGGCGGAUAUUGACUGCUGAUUGAGGAUUUGUGUUUGAGCGAUGAUAGCAAGGAGGGUGGGUAAAUUGGAUGACCGGGAGAAAGGGGCUGUAGUAGCAUGGAGCAUUGUAUAUGUAUGAUGUGUAUAUAUGUAUAUAGGUUUAUAAGUAUAAAAAUGUAUAUAUUUAUCACGAGGUUCUAGAGAUCCCCUCGCGUAAAGCCCCUGAAUUGCGAAAUUCUCAGGGGCAUUCGAACGAUGUAGCGUUUAGGAAAACUGGAUAAGACAUGGCACAAACGACCGAUUUACAAACAUUCUAAGCUGUAAGAAAUUCACAGAUUGCCCA